UAGAAAGCAUCCUUCCAAGUACAGAAGUGUCCCUGCAUCUCGCUGCUAAGGUAAAUGUGUCAGAGGUGCUCUAUUUGGGCAUGAAAAGCAGCCAGCAGGUAGGCCUGGUUACAGGACUGAAGCCGGUUCCAAGUACAGAAGUUUCUCUUCCUCCAGCUGCCUCAGAACUGGAGCUCACUCCAAGUACAGAAACCUCCCUUCCUGUCCUUCUCACAGAACUGGAGCCAGUUAUCCCCUUCCCACAUACAGAACCAUCCGUUUCUCCAGCUGCCUCAGAACCAGGCUCUCUCCUCUUCCCAAGCACAGAAGUGUCCCUUCCUGUGUUUCCCACAGAAACAGAGCCUGUCACCUCAGCAUUGGAGCCUGUCGUCCCUUUCCUAAGUACAGAACCACCCCUUCCUCCAGCUGCCUCAGAACUGAGACCUGUCCCCUUCCCGGGUACAGAAGUGACCUUUCCCCUGACUGCUAUGGAACUGGAGCCUGUCAUCCCAAGUAAAGAAGCGUCCCUUCCUCCAGCUGCACUUAAAAAUGAGCUCCAUUUGAGAACAAAAAGCAGCCACUACAUUGACGCUGACACAGAGCUAGAUCAUAUCCCUCUAAGUACAACUGUGCUGCUUCAUCCAGCUGCUCAGAAGGAGGACCCGUUGGAAGGCAAGCCUCCCUCAAAGCCACACAGUGACUGCUAUGGGUCUCCAGCUGCUACAGAACACAGACAUGCCUUCCCAAGUACAACACAGUCUCUUAAUUUCUUUCUUCAAGAAAGCAAAAUAGGUGUCCAACAAUCAAUGCUAAAAGGUGAGAGACAGGAGAGCAUCCAUGAGGCAGAAACUGCACAACCUGGAAAGGCUGGUGAAAGGAACUUAAUCACAAACUUAAUCACUGGCAACUUCUUCUCAGACACCACUCAGCUGCAAGCCUUAAAACCAGAACCUGAGCUUGGACGUCUUAGAUCUGAGGGCCGUACAAGUAAAGUUUCUCCAGUAACUGAGUACCUCGCUAAAACACCCUUAGUGGUAACAAGGACGGAUAGAGUAAAGCAAAAUGAGCUCAUGUUUAAAAAUGGUCUUAUGACCUCUAACACUAGGGCUACUCCACCUCUGGAGCACAUAGCCAUGAAUACUAAAGUUAAAUUGACUGAGCCCGUAAAGGAGAUGAGUAACGCAACACUGAAACAAAUAUUCCCAGAUACCACAAAACCUCAUGAAGUGCAGCAAACCACUGAGUGGAGCAGUGCCUCUCAGAGCUCUGCUUCUGCAUAUAGUAAUGCUCUGACUCCAGCUAAGAAACUGUUACCGAAAGAGAGCAUAGCUUCACAUCCUGUCCAAUCGUCUUCUGCUCGCGCACCUGAGAAUGCAUCAACUUCAGAAGCAAGAGUCUUCCUGAACUACAUUGUGCCAGAAUUACCUUGGUUGUUGCUGUAUCUUCCUGUAAGAAGUUGCCACGUCACCUUGAAAGAUGAAAUUGGGACAUUUUCCCCACCGGCACAUAGUGGUAUUCAAACCAACAUCUGGUGCAACUGGACCAUUUGGGCAGGCCCCCAAAAACACAUCCUGAUUUACAUAAAGGGAUUUCAGGGGAAGGAAGAUUGUGAUGAAAACCCAGAUAAAAUAAUUUUUCAAGGGGUCUUGUCAAGUGUGGAAAGAAAAGUAGUUUAUGCUUGUAAGAACCAAGGUACUCUGAUCUUUGCUACUCAGGCUUUGGCUGUCCAUGUCGUGUUUCUGUCCAAGGGCAAUUCCUUAAACCGUGAACGCAAAUAUUUCAAAGGACAGUAUUAUGUAUUCGAAGACUAUGAAACUUCAAGAUCUACAAAUGUUACUGCAGCUCCUAAAGAGCCAGUUCAGAAAACAACUAGGAGAACUAAGUACGGCAGUAUCCGAUUCUACCCUAAAUCACCCAUAAAACACUACAGAGGUCUUCUGGAUUUUGUAAAGACCAGCACAGCUCAUAAUGAAAAUCAACAGCUUAACAAGCUGCCUACAUUAGACGAAGGUUGGGACAAAAAUGGAAGCUCAACAAGACUAGAAACUUUCUUAAGGUUUGUUCUUGGGAACAACACACACAUCCCUCUCUUAAAAACCAUGGACAACAUGACCUUCAGCACUCAUGAUCUGAAGUGGCAGCAGUUUAUGAAAUCUUUGGAUAAUGAAAACAGCAGGGAAGAAAAACAUUCGGACUUUCUAAUGGUAACCCCAGCAUUAAAUAUAUCGAGGCUAAACAUCCAAAAUGAGAGAGAGCAAACUAUUGCUUUCAGUAAACUUAUGGACAGGCCAACAAUCCACUCGAACCCAGUCUCAGAGAUUCUGCCCAUGAAAUCUGUGGAGAUGCGAAGUGUCAAAACAACAAAGUCAGUAGGACCCCAGCACAGCUCAGUUGCUCUCUGGAGACCAGCUACUAUGGAAGACCUACAGACAAAGGCAAUUCAAGCUGUGCAUAGAAAUCCUACUCCUCAUCAUGGCUUGCAGUCUCUGCAGGGCACAUGGGAAGAGCAGAACAUUCGAAUGACCUCUUCUCAAAGCUUUAGAGCUGCACCGAUCAAAGACAGAGAGGUUCUCCAGUCAAACCAUGUGAACGAUGAGAGUGUGGCCAGUCAUCCUGCUGCUUUUGUGGAAGACUUCCAGUCUAAUGCGGGGCUGAGCGGGGAUGCUCAAGAAGUAACUGGUCUGGUACAGUAUGUGAUGAACUUGGAGAGAAGCAUUCAAGAAAGUCGUCAUGAACAUCAAACACACAGAAAGGGAAAUGACCAAGGUGAUCUGUACAUGAAGCCAGCUUCUGCCCUCAAAAAUGUUAAACUUAAUGUUGAGCCUCUUAUUUUGGGAACUCCUAAGAAAGUUCUCGAAACCGAGUCCAUCCUGGUUACUGUAGCCCUACACAACAUGCUGGAUGUCUCUAGCAGUUACCGUGCAGAGACCACUGCUACUGAAUUCAAACCUGUUCUCCCAAGCAGCACCGGAAGUGGCCCGUUGGGAAAGACAACUGCUGCUACUGGACACCUUGGCACUCCAGUAACCCAAGACACAGAACCUCCACUGAUCAUGAGCACAAAAUCCCCUUCUUCCUAUGCCUCUUCUGGUGGAGUAUCAAAGGACACUGCAUCCUUGAAAACAGAACAUGAGAGAGAUUCCUUUGAUAUGGCUUCCAUCUUCACCUCUCUCAAAAAUGAUACCAUGUUGGAAUCCCAGCACAAUCCUGGAGAUGUCUUGUUUGAAGUAACUAGUGAAAUUGAACACAAGGGAUGGAUCCCACGUAGUGGAGAUGAGCUGAAAAAGGCCCUCAUGGAAUCCAUUAAGCUUCAUAUACAAAAGAACCUGAAACUCUUGGUAAGCAAAGUCAAUGAAAUCAAGUUAAAGGAAAUCAAAAGGACAAAUGACCUAAAACCAACAUUCAUUUUCUGGUUGCACUUAAAACCAGAGGAACGGAAUCUGUCUGUCUUACUCCAUUCUCAACUGAAUGAUCUCAUUGGCAAAUCUAUGGGAGCUGAGAAGUUGCAGAUGGCUUUAUUGUCAGUUAGAGAUGUGAAUGAAUGCAACUCUGGAAUUGGAAUGUGUGGUGAUGAGGCUGACUGCCUCAACGAAGAUGGCACUUACUUAUGUCGCUGUAAAAAAGAGUACGAAGAUCGCUCUCCGACGAAAUCUGGCACGCUGUGCGUCCGCAUUCCACAAUCAGGUAUUGGUGGUUUGUUCAGCUACCUGGAAAUUCUAGUCGGUACUACAGUAUUCUUCAUCUUCAUCCUUGUGGUGGUGGCAAGCAUUCUGUGCACAAUACUCAGGAAAAGACACACAAAGAAGGCUUGUCUUGAGGAGCCGGUUGCAAGUGGAACACCUUCAGCACAGUCUCAGCUGCCUGUAUCUUCUAUCGAUCUGAGUAACCUUGGUGACCACCUGAUCCUAGAUCCCUUCCGGCCAAAGCUCAGAGCCAAGCCCCCAGAAUGGACAUCACAAGUGCGAGCCCACCCAAAUGAGACUUAUAGAAUCUCCUUUGAGCAAUCUGAAUGUUUGUAAAGCAAACCUAUGCUGAAAGUUUGAGGUUUUUUCUACUGAUCGCCUCUACCAUUCAUGAACUGAAAUGGCCUAUUCCUUUCAACAGAACUUGAACAAUCCUGGAUCUCCUACACUUGUUUCUGUUGGCUGAAGUGAACAGUGCUAUGGCUCAAAAAACUUAUUUUGGUUCUUGGUUGGAUUCUUGAUCCUUGUACUGUCUGUAGGUUUCAUAUCGCUGAUUCUUUGUGACUGGAAGAAGUUGUUUCUGCAAACAGCUGGCCUGUAAAUAAAGCUGGUAUCUCACUAUGCAUGGAAAAUGUACACCUUGCGUACUAUUGGUGUUAGAUGCAAGGAGUGGGGAAGGAUGGAAGACUUCAGUUAACAGGAAACCUGAAAAGGAUUAUAGCUUAAGCAAGUUAACUGCCUCUUGUUAGGCAAAUAUAUCAACUGAAAACCAGAAGUAAGAGUUGCCCUGGUACUGCUUUAAUUUAACUCAUUGCCCUUGGUCUUCCUGCCACCUCCUUCCUUUUUUUCUUUCUUUCCCUUGUUACCUAGGCACUCUGCAGUCCAUUUUGCUUUCUUUGCCGUCAAACCUAAUCCUCUUAUGUGUACGUGUGCUAAUGUAAAACAAUUUAUUUAGAUAAAGGUGGUGUCUUUUUAACAAAUGUCCCAUCUUGUCUUACCUCUAAACUCUAGCUGUACAGAAUUCCAGCUUUAUAAUUUUAAAUGAGAACUUCAUGGAAAUGACUUGUCUGAAAAUAAGGGGGUAUUGUGCUUGAAAUUUUAU